CACUGAGUUGUAGCCGAUACUUGCCCCUGUUCUCUCCUCCUUUCAAUGUAAGAUGGUGGUUUGUAGAGUAAGUAGGUAGCCAACACCUCUAUAAGCUGAGAAAACGGGCCGGUUGUCUCCUCAAGAGAGCGGCUACCGAGUCCCGGGGGCGGAAGUUUGCUGUAACGGAGCUACCGACGCACACAGGCAUACUUCUCCCCCACAUCCUGGACAGGAAUCUCCAAAAGCACAUAGGCAGGUUCAGGCCUCCUGUUCCUGUCCUGUGAAAGCUGUCGGCCCAGUAGUGCGUAACCCUAGGAUGUCCCGGCACCCUUGUGGAAAGGACGACAUGAUGGAGUGCCCUCUGUGCAUGGAACCUCUGGAGAUCGAUGAUGUCAACUUCUUUCCCUGCACCUGUGGAUACCAGAUCUGUCGCUUCUGCUGGCAUCGAAUCAGGACCGACGAGAACGGGCUCUGUCCUGCCUGCAGAAAGCCGUACCCAGAGGACCCUGCAGUGUACAAGCCGCUGUCACAGGAGGAGCUGCAGAGGAUAAAGAACGAGAAGAAGCAGAAGCAGACGGAGAAGAAGCAGAAGAUCACAGAGAACAGGAAGCAUCUGGCCAGCGUCCGAGUGGUCCAGAGGAACCUGGUGUUUGUAGUGGGGCUGUCCCAGAGGCUGGCUGACCCCGAGGUUCUAAAGAGACUAGAAUACUUUGGGAAAUUCGGGAAGAUUCACAAAGUGGUGAUCAACAACAGCACAUCAUACGCUGGCUCCCAGGGGCCCAGUGCCAGUGCCUAUGUCACAUAUCUUCGUUCUGAAGACGCUCUCAGAGCAAUCCAGUGUGUCAACAAUGUGGUGGUGGACAGCAGAACACUUAAGGCUUCUUUAGGAACAACAAAAUACUGCAGUUACUUUUUAAAGAGCAUGCAGUGCCCCAAACCAGACUGCAUGUAUCUCCACGAGCUGGGGGACGAGGCUGCCAGUUUUACUAAAGAGGAGAUGCAGGCGGGAAAGCAUCAGGAGUAUGAGCAGAAACUUCUUCAAGACCUCUCCAAAAACAACCCCACCUUCCUGCAGACCCCCGCUGUGCCAGGGGACAAACCCAAGGGCAAGGCCAACUCUUUACAGAGGUCCAACAGCUCCAGUAAAGACGGGAGGAUGACCAACGGGCUGUCCUCAGAGCACAGGAGGAGCCCCACUCUAGAUGGCUCCGACUCUGAACACCUGAGCCCCGAGGGGCCCGAACCUGAUCUCAGCCCUGACCCUGUCCCGGCCCUCUGCCCCUUCUCCUCACACCACGAGCUUGCUAGCCCCAGAAACAAACUGACAGACAUCAGUAUAGGCAACGGUGAAACCUCACAACUGCUCCACAGCAGUGACUCUCCGUCGCCCCCCCCUGGCCUCAGUAAGCCGGGGCUGAUGGUCCCCCUCAGCGUGACGGGACACACGCCUCGCUCCCCCUUCGAGGCGGCGGCUGUAGAGUCCCAGUCUCUGUUCUCGGACAACAGCAACUUCAGGCAUCCCAACCCCCUGCCCAGCGGCAUGAGCGGCUUCCCCACCCCCCCCCACAGCAACGCCGAGUGGCCCACCACCCCCGAGCCGCACAGCCUCUUCACUUCAGACACCAUGCCGGUGUCCUCCUCCACAGACUGGCAGGCGGCGUUUGGCUUCGGCUCGUCCAAACAGCAGCAGGAGGACGACCUUGGCUUCGACCCCUUCGACAUCACGCGCCGGGCUCUGGCUGACCUCAUCGAGAAGGAGCUCUCCGUGGAGGACAGCUUCAGCCCCCCCCACACAGAACCCUCGCCCCCCCCGCUACACAGAGGCCCCUUCCCCAACCCCCUCCCACAUCCUCACCACUUCCCCCAUCAUCAACACCCUCACAGGGGAGGCUACACCACCUUCGGCUUCCCCACAUCAUCAUCGUCUUCAUCCUCCUCCUCCUCCUCUGCGUCCUGUGGAUCCUGGAUGGGCCCCACCUCCUCUCGCAGAAACUUUGUGCCUUUGAACCACACAAACAGUCUAACCACGUCCACCUCACACAGCAGCUUCCUGGACUCCACAGGGCUGCUGGGACAUCACAGCACUGGGCUCGGAGGAAUCCCCAUCGCAGAGAGCAGCAGCUGUGCAGAGAGCAUACAUGUGAAACAGUGGCAGGACGGCCUCAGAGCGCUGUUACCCAACAUCAACAUCAACUUUGGAGGACAGCCCAACUCCUCUUCUUCAUCAUCCUCCUCCUCCUCCUCCUUAUCCAGCGUCAACCACACGGGGCCACCGGGCCUCUUCAACAGUGUUCCUCACAGCCGCUCCUGGGAGAGCCCCCCCAGAUGGAUGGACCCCGCCAUCAUCACAGGACUCCCCCCCGGCAACAGUGUAGACUCUCUUCAGGACGACAACCCCCCCCACUGGCUCAAGUCCCUGCAGACGCUCACAGAGAACGAUCCCCCCCGCCCAGCUCCGCCUCACACAACGGCUCCUACGGGGGCCAGCCCCCCCCCCCACAGAGCCAGCUGGGCACACUUCUCCACCCCCAGCACCCACUUCCACUCCCCCCCACCCGGCUUCCAGACAGCCUUCAGACCCCCCACUCAGUUGCAGGCAGACCUGCUACAGAGCGCCGAUAUCGACCGCCAUUAGGGACCCUACACAAAUCACAUGACCCAUGGCCAAUCAGCAGAUACAAAAAUAUUAACGACUAAUAAUAUAAUAUAAUAUUUCUUUCUCCACAAGAGCUUGUGUGUUUCUUGUCUUGGUUUCUAAUUGGUUGUUCGAUUUGGUCUCAAGCUACCCCCGCCCCCCCCUAAUGCAUUAUGAUCAGGAAGUCCUGCUGACAGAGAGAGAAACGAUCU